UCGAAAAGAAAAUGGCGUGGAAAACGGUGUACGACACCUUUUGGAGUGAAUGGUUUUGGUUGCCAGAAAAUGUAACAUGGAAACACUUAGAAAACAAAGAAGAUGGUUUAUAUUAUCCACAGGCUAGAGAUCUCUACAUCCCAUUUGUUCUUGCAAUUGUUGUAUUUGCAGUCCGUAAAUGUUUUGAAAGCCUUAUAGCUAGACCAGUAGGAUUAUAUUUUGGUAUUAAGGAUGGCCGACCAAAGAUUGUUACACCUAUUAGUGCCUUGGAGAAUUCAUACCAAGUAAAGAAAUUUCCAUCAGAAGAAACAAUAAAGGUUUUAGAAAAACAGACAGACAUGACAGAGCGUCAGAUACAGAGGUGGUUCAGGAUGAGAAGAAAUCAGGAACGUCCAAGUCAAAUGAAGCGCUUCACGGAGGCUUCAUGGAGAUUUUUCUUCUAUUUUAGUAUAUUUGUAUAUGGAGUAGCUGUCUUAUGGGAUAAACCAUGGUUCGCUGACUCCAUGAAAUGCUGGGUAGGGUAUCCACAACAUCAUUUGUCCUCGGGAGUUUUCUGGUAUUACAUGAUAGAGAUUUCUUUUUACUGGUCGCUUAUGUUUUCACAAUUUAUGGAUGUUAAAAGAAAGGAUUUCUGGGAGAUGUUUACGCACCAUUGUGCCACGAUAAGCCUCCUGACAUUUUCCUGGUGUGGAAACUUUGUACGAGUAGGAACGCUCGUGUUAUGUAUACACGACGCUGUGGACUAUUGGUUGGAGGCUGCCAAAAUGGCGAAAUAUAUCAAAGCCCAGAGGCUAUGUGAUGUACUGUUUGCUGUAUUUGGCGUCGUGUGGUUCAUCACCAGACUAGUUCUCUAUCCCACCAAGGUCAUGUGGUCCACGUAUUAUGAAUGCAAGCAGGUGGUCGGGGGUUUUCCGAGCCUUUACCUCUUUAACGGCGUAUUAGUGAUACUACUGGUUCUGCAUGCGUACUGGUUUUCUUUAAUCGUGACUGUCGCCUACACGGUAUUGUCCAAGCAAGGGGAGGAAGUUACAGAUAUUCGUAGUUCAGACGAAGAAGAAAUCAGCGAGGAAGACACCUCAAACGGUUCUGGUGAUCAUAAACAAACCAAUCAUUUCAGUAACAAUGUAACGCAGUGAAAAUAAUUAUUGUUUAGUCCUCAACAAAACCAAUGAUGUCAUCAGGGAAGUGCAGUCAAUGAUGAGAAAUGUUUCAUUUUGUGUUUUAUAUGCAUGUGUUUCUUUGUUGACCCUAAAAGUUUUCAGUCUUUGUUUAUCAGUGGAAAAUGAGAUACUUAAAUGAAUAUCUAUAUAUCUUUAAAAUUUCAAACAUUACCUAUAUUUCAUUAAUCUAUGAAUCAUUUCCUUAUGUUCUAACAUUGCUUUCUCACAUACCUUCCCUGGUGAUAUUAAAUACAAGAGAUUCGAGAUAAAAUGCAUCAUAUUCUCUCAGAAAGCAUUUUCAUUUUUAACUUUUCAAUCAUUCAGAGUUCAAUCCCAUAUUUUUAAAGGUUUUUUUUAAUUUAUUGAUUGUGCAUACUAACGAAUAGAGUAAUGUUUUGCUGAAAUAAGGUGUUUGCAUGAAAAUUAUUUUCUUAGUAGAUACGUACAUAAAUGUAUUUUCUGUAAAAAAUCUGAGGUGAGAAAAGGUUUUACCAAGAAUGAUUUUUAAAAUCAAUCAUGUAGAAUGUUUCACUUAAAAACAAUGCGAAAGCUAUAUUGAAACAAAGGUGAACAAAUAAUGUCUUUUUUGCAUCUUUGCCAUGAAAUGUAUAUAACUUCUCAUCUCUGGUUAAUUCAAGUCAUUUGCAAAAUCUGAAAGAACAUACAAUGCCAUUAGUUUGAAUGCAUACAGUAUGAAAAUUUUAAAUUUGAUUUCUUUAGUCUGUUGUUAAUUUUAAUUAUUAUUAGCCAUUCAAACAAAUUAUAUUCAAGAUUAGAGUACAUGUAUUCUAAGUAAAAAUGGAGUUUGGAUGUAAAUGAUUUUAAUCUUAAAUUUUUCUUAAUUUUCUAUUUUGUGUACAAGAGAGACGUAUGAUUUUUUCCACGCUUGCUAUAUACUCAUAAAAAGUAUCAUUGUUUUCGUAUUUUUUCAUAGGGAAUUUGUCUCUGCAUUAGCAAAUGAUUUUCAUUAAAUACAUGUACAUUUGAAAAAUAUAAUUCUCUGGCAUUAGUAUGAAAUAUAUAAUAACGAGAUGUCCUAAAAAAGUUUGUAUAUCCGGUCUAUGGAUCUUCACUUGUGUGUGGUUUAAGAAGCUUAAAAUAAAUGAGCUUGUUUGAUUCAGCAAUGGGAUGUGAUUUAUUUAGCAAUGGGACCAAAUACGAAAUAACCAUUCAAUGAGGGUUUUAUUAGAUAUUCGUAUUCCAUUGUAAUCUGCAAAGGAAAUUCUAGAAACAAAAAGGAAUCAAAUGUCCCUCUAUUUAACAGAUGUAGUUUUGAAUAAAAGGUGGGUUUUUAUUAUUUUAUAGAAAGCAUUUUUUAUUUGGUUUACUUCCAUGUGUUCGUAUUUCUUUGCCCUUCAGACACUAAAAUUGUCUGCAGAAAAGUAUCCCCUCUUCACACAAACCUGAAAUAACUACAUGUAGUAGUCUAGUGAUCAAUAAACAGGAAGAUUUCUUAAAUGGCCUUACAAAGGCAGCUUGUUAACAGAUAGCAUUUUCUCUAACAGGUCCAGUAUUAUUUUUUAAUAAUGUAGAUUUGGUUGAGAAUCGAAUUCUGUCUAUGGAAAUGUCACAAAAAGCGAUCUUUGAGUUGGAACAAAUGAAAAAAAAAAGUCAAAUAUUUUUGUGAAGCAAAGGGGUUGGGGGAAAUAUAAAUACAUUUACAGAUAUCUUUCAUUAAAUUAUUGAAAUAAAAUACCAAGUGUGAUUGUCAGGUUAAACCAUUUUAAAUAACUUGUUUUUUUUAAUGUUCGUUUGAUAUAUUUUCUGAAUCUUUACCUUAACAAAUUCAAAAGACGCAUUACUGUAUAUUUCUAUUAAUCUCGAUGUAAAAUGGAUAUUUAUUAUGUAUAUAUACAUGUGUAUAAAUGUGUAUUGUAGAUAAAUUUCUAUUGAUGUUGUAGUUAUGAAAUUGACAUUGCUUGGAAAUUUUGUCAAUAAACAAUGCACU